CCGCACCCCCUUUCAGCUUGCUCUUACACUCGACUAUACUUCCAUUUAUAUUUUAUGUCGUGAAUUUGGUUUCCCGUGUUUUGGUAUACUUCCUCUCGGAAUCCAAAAUACUUGAAAAAUUCAUAUGCGCGCUUGCAGCGUUGAUGCAGCUCAAGUUUUCGUUUCUCUUCCAGAUUUGUCGAGGGAUUCCUCAUACGAAUAGUCGAUACAUUAUUCUUAUCUGGUGAAGUGAAAGAUCGGAUCGGUGCUUAUUUUUAUGGUGAUACAAUUGAUGGUUUCUCUGUCCUAGGGUUUAGUGCUUGCUUUGCCGGAAUUUUGUUGGAUUGGGCGGUUGGCUACGGCUGGAGCUUGGAGAUUGUGAUGGAUUCUUAUAGGCCAUUCCAUCCGCCGUCUCAAUCGACGUUUGUCUCGCCACAGCCGCCGAAUCAGAAUCACAUACGGCCGCAUCUGCCAACAUCCGUAGGGCAGCCGCGAGGGAAUCACCCUUCUCAGAAUAAUUGGGGGUAUGGUAGUUACCAGCAAGUAAAUCCCUUUAGCGGUGGUCCUCUUCCGCCGCCGCCGCCUCUGCCUCCACAGUCUACUCAGCAAGAAUUGCAAUAUCAUUCUGUGAUUCCUCCUCCUCCGCCUCCUUCUUCACCCCCUCCACCCCCUUCAUUAGCCCCCCCUGCUCGUCAAAGCAAUGAAAUCCGGAUUGCUACUGAGAAAGCACCUUCCAAGGACGGGAUUCCAUAUAAGCAGAAACCUCCGGUUCCUCAAAUCCAAGUGAAGAAGGCAAACGUUCAUCCUGGAAAAGUUGAAACAGAAGAAGAAAGGAGGUUGAGAAAGAAGCGAGAGUAUGAAAAACAAAGGCAUGAAGAGAAACAUAGGCAGCUAUUAAAAGAAUCCCAGAACAAGGUGCUGCUGAAGACCCAAAUGUUAGCUUCUGGGUUGAAGGGUCAUGGCUCUAUUAGUGCCUCCCACAUGGCUGACAGAAGAAAUACUCCUUUGUUGAGUGGAGAGAGAUCUGAAAACCGGUUGAAGAAACCAACUACAUUUCUUUGCAAGCUGAGGUUUCGAAAUGAAUUGCCAGAUCCAACAGCACAACCAAAGCUUAUGUCUUUAAGAAGAGACAAAGAUAGAUUUACCAAAUACACAAUCACUUCUUUAGAGAAAGUGCACAAGCCUCAAUUAUAUGUUGAACCAGAUCUUGGGAUUCCACUUGACCUACUUGAUCUCAGUGUAUAUAACCCUCCAAAGGGUGAAGUGACUCCCCUGGAUCAUGAGGAUGAGGCCUUGUUGCGUGAUGAUGAUCCUGUAACUCCAAUCAAGAAAGAUGGCAUAAAAAGGAAAGAUAGGCCAACUGACAAGGGUGUUUCUUGGCUAGUAAAAACACAAUAUAUUUCUUCUCUAAGCACAGAUUCAACAAAACAGUCUCUGACUGAAAAGCAAGCUAAGGAAUUACGUGAAACCAGAGGAGGCCGCAACAUUUUGGAGAACCUUAGUACCAGGGAAAGACAGACACAACAAAUUAAGGCUUCUUUUGAGGCAUGCAAGUCACGACCAGUUCAUGCAACCAAUCCGAAGUUACAGCCUCUUAAGAUCCUUCCCCUUUUGCCUGAUUUUGAUAGGUACGAUGACAAGUUUGUGGUUGCCACCUUUGAUAGUGCUCCUACUGCUGAUUCAGAGAAUUACAGCAAGCUAGACAAGGCUCUUCGAGAUAAACAUGAAUCUCGUGCAAUUAUGAAAAGCUUUGUUGCUAGAAGCUCAGAUGCCACUAAACCUGAUAAAUUCCUGGCAUAUAUGGUCCCUUCACCUGAUGAGCUAGAGAAGGAUAUGUUUGAUGAAAAUGAGGAUAUCUCAUAUACAUGGGUCCGCGAAUAUCACUGGGAUGUACGCGGCGAUGACUCAGAUGAUCCAACCACAUUCCUUGUGGCAUCUGACAAAUCAGUGGCACGCUACAUGCCGGUUCCCACAAAACUCACAUUGAGAAAAAAGAGGGCUCGGGAAGGAAAAUCAAGCGACGAAGUAGAACAGUUUCCAGUACCUGCAAGAGUGACAGUAAGGAAUAGACAAACAGUGGCUGCCAUUGAAUUGAAAGAUGAAGGGGAGUAUUCAAGUUACAGGGGGAGUGGUAUUUCAGACAAGAAGAGAACAAAAAUUAGCUUUGAAGAUGGGUUACAUUCUGAGAAAGGUAUACAUGAAAGUGAUGAAGACCAAUAUAGUGGUGGGGGUGAAUAUGAGUUGUCUGAUUCAUAAAUAUUUUUUUAGUACACAAUGCGAUAACACCAAUGCAAUGAGAGUAGAGCCACAAAAACUACAGAUUAGUUAGAUGAGUUUUCACUUUGUAUGUUUGUAAGAUGUAAAAAAUUUCUCCAGUUUUAACUUUAAUGUGAUUGAUCUGAUGACGGAUAAUGGCCUUAUAAACUACUCUGUAUUUU